AACACCACUAUAACUAGACAUCCAUUCUAUAUCGUAUCCUAAUGAGCUCCGAUAAAGCACUUUUCCCCCCAUUACUCUGGGCCCAGAGGCUUGAGUACAUCUUGAUCACCGUUUCCCUGCAGGACUGCCAGAAUGUCAAGCUACAGCUUCCCGACGACGGGCGCACCUUUUUCUUUUCCUGCGAUACCCCUGCAACGAGCACAGGGGAGGCUGCUAAGCAUUACAUGUGUCGUCUUCCCCUCUAUCGCGCGGUUUCCCCGGAGGAAAGCCAGCACGUUGUGCGUCCCCGGCAGGUCGAAAUAAAGCUUAAAAAGCGCGUCUUGAUCGACGACGCCAAGGACGAGGACGUGAACUGGCCGCGUUUGACGGAGACGACGACGAAAAAUAAGUCGAUUCAGAUCGACUGGAGCCGAUGGCUGGAAGACGACUUGGAGGAGGCGCCACUUGACGGCUUUGGCGAGGGUGGCGAGCUCGACCUCCAGGAGCUUCAGAUGAAUGCGCGGAAGGAGGCCGCGGCGGAAGCCGGGAUUGACGAAUCGGAGAUCCCCCGUUUCGGCUCGAUGAAAGACGUGCCGGGGGAGAACCAAACAGAGGAGCCCGAGGAUGACGACAUGCCGCCAUUGGAGGAGGAAGCCCUUUAACGAAUGGGGAGAGUGAGGGGGAGAGAUGCCCCUCUAGGAAUUGGUUAUUCAUGCCUACACAAUACUCUGCAUGAUGGCUUCGUAAUGCAACGACGUUCAGGAGUGAUUGUUGUAUUUAAUAAGCAUUGCGAAGUUCUUUAUUGUUAUUCGACUUUUCGAAUGAGAUUAAUUUAUUAAAGCAAAGCAUUUGAUGAUUAACUUUCCCCCUACUUUUUCGG